AUGGCAAGGAUAGCCAAAUUCUAUGAAAAACUACCGAAGGGUCCGGCACCAGAAAGAGCACCCAGUGGACUGUUGGGCAGAUAUCAAGCGAAAUACUUUGGCAAAGACCCAUCUCCAGCUCCAAUCUGGCACGCCAUUUUCGGGAUCAUGGCGCUUGGAUACAGCAUGGAGUACUACUUCCAUCUAAGACAUCACAAGAACAAUGCUCACUGA